AUGACAGACGAGCGAGUGAAAGACACGAUGGAGGAGUUUCUUCUCUCCCAUGGUUACCAGAUGGGCAAAACCAUUGGAGAAGGAACAUAUUCAAAGGUCAAAGAAGCCUUUUCAAAAAAACACCAACGAAAAGUGGCUGUGAAAAUUAUAGACAAACUGGGAGGACCAGAAGAGUUUAUCGAGAGAUUCCUGCCUCGAGAACUCCAGAUUGUCAAGCGCCUAGACCACAAGAACAUCAUCCGGGUGUAUGAAAUGCUGGAGUCCACAGAUGGAAAGAUCUAUCUAGUGAUGGAGCUGGCAGAGAAUGGCGAUGUCUUCGACUGCGUCCUGCAAGGAGGACCCCUGCCGGAGAGCCGGGCCAAAGCGCUCUUCCGUCAGCUGGUAGAAGCCAUCCGUUAUUGCCAUAGCUGUGGGGUGGCGCAUCGUGACCUCAAGUGUGAAAAUGCCCUCCUGCAGGGGCUCAACCUGAAGCUGACAGACUUUGGAUUUGCCAAAUUGCUCCCCAAGAACCGCAAGGAGCUGAGCCAGACCUUCUGUGGCAGCACGGCCUACGCGGCCCCCGAGGUGCUGCAGGGGGUGCCCCACGACAGCAGGAAAGGCGACGUGUGGAGCAUGGGCGUGGUCCUUUACGUCAUGCUUUGUGCCAACCUGCCCUUUGACGACACGGACAUUCCCAAGAUGCUUUGCCAUCAACAGAAAGGGGUGUCCAUCCCCGGCCACUUGGGGAUCUCCGAGGAAUGCCAGGACCUUCUCAAAAGCCUCCUGGAACCAGACAUGAUCCUGAGGCCUUCCAUCGAAGAAGUGAGUUGGCACCCAUGGUUAGCAAGUUCCUGAGGACAGGACCAUGUCAAAACUCUCCCCAAAUAAAAGGGGACAGGCUGUUUCCAAAAUGCUCACAUAUAUUUUAACGUUAUGCUCAGUUUCUAGUCUAUCCUUAAUCCACCGAGAAGGAAGGCAUUUUAUAUAUUCCCCUCUCAUCAGGAACUGCAUUCCCUUGUUCAAAGAUGCCUGCAAAAGUGGUUACAAAUAAGUCAAAAGGCCAAGAAAAGUAGAGUGAAGGUGUCUCACCCUAACCCUGGCUGGAAUUUCUUUCUCAGACACACAGAAUCACUUUGAAAUGUUAAAUCUAAGAAACCUCCCCUAGGAUUCAAGGCUGUA